UUUUUAUUGGAACACCUGUUAAACAAAAGAAAAUAAUAAACAGAUAAUAUGAAGAAUGAUGAUGAGGAGGAAUACAUCGUCAACUCGGCCGGGGUGGCUCGAUAUCCGUGCAUGCCGUCGGAGGCGGCGCUGGCUCAGAUGAGGAACCGCAUGCAGCUGGCCAAGCUCGGCAAGAAGCUGAUGAAGUGGACGGCGUUGGCCAGCAGCCGGGAGAUGAGGGUACUCGGUCAGGAGUUGAAGGAAGCCUAUGAAAACCUGCAUGAGAAGCUACACGAAGCGUACAUAAUUUUAGCAAGAUCAAGAUAUUUUAAUCCCAACCUGAAUAGUAUCGUCACUGAAAACGUUGACAAAAAUGCUGCCGUUUUGGUGGAAUCCCGCUUGAAGCCAAAAUCUGGAGUUAAAGUAAUGCUUCGGGAGAUAAAAAAGACAAAUUGCGAACCGUAUACUUUUUUGGGCAUCGAAAAAGGAGGUGAAAUUAUCAUGGAGGCGAAGAAACAAUGGCAUGAGAUAAUUAGGCUGUUGAUAUUGAUAACACAAUUGAGGGCCGUUUUCUUAGCGGUAGACAAGGCUAACAAAGCCGCCAAUAAAAAGAAAAAUGUAUUUACAAGAAUUAUUUUACCGCGAACAAUGGAGACGAUAGCGUACAUCGAGAGUGGCUUAGAAGAAUUGGCCCGAGAGGACUUUUUCAGAUUACGAAGGUUUAUUUAUAAAAAGAGAUCUACGUCACCGAACUAUCAAGAAAGAAAACCCAUAGAAAUUAAAGAAAAACUUUUACCUAAAGCAUCUAAACGUAUUUACAAGAUAGAGUGUUUUAUGUGCGGGGCGUUUCUACGAUUCUCGUUAGUUGACGAAAGAGAAAAGUAUUUAGAAAGAAGAAAAAUCGAGGCACUCAGAUUCCAAAUGAAUGAAAUGCUACUUAUUGCUAAAAAACUAGAAGAGCAGGGAAUCGUCGGUAUUAAUGUUGACGAGUUUAUAGUAACAGCGGAAAAAUUGAAGGAAAGGCUAAACGAAUCUCCGCAUUUAGACCAAUUAUGUAGAAAGUGCAAGGAAUUAUUAAAAAAGAAACAGGCAAAAGAAAAUCAAGGCCAGAAAUUGCAGCAAAUAGAGCAAGAUGUAAAGACAGAGUCUAUUCCAUUAAAAUCAGAAUUAACCCCUCCUACGAUUGGAACGGCUCACGAUAAAAAUGAUGAAGACAAAGCAUUAACGUUAGGGACUUCUACACAAGACUUGAAAGUUAAGCAAAUUGACGAAGAAGGGUCUUUAAAGUUAUUAAAUGCAAACGAACGAGAAAGGGGUAAUAAAGUAAGCGAAAUCUUUACUGAAAAUCGAGAUACCGAAGGAGAUUUUACACACUUAAAAGGCAGAAGUGUAGAGUCAACCAGAAAAGAAAUCAGCACAAUAACUAUCACUAAAGAAUUGACUAGCCAAUCCCUUUUAGAUUCACCCUUGGAAACUAGUGUAGAAAAGAUUAAAAAAGUAGUAACAGAUGAAAAAGAAAAUAAAGUAUUGGUCGAAGAAAAGUUUAUAAUAACUAUAAAAGAAAAAAUUAAAAGUGCUAUUAGAAGAAUAACAAAGUCAUCAGAAACUUCAAAAACGUCUUUAGAUGAAGGAAAUGAAAUGACACAGUCUACUACUGUAAUUAAGAUUGACUCUCGUUUAUCGUCUGAACCAAUUAGAAGUGAAAAUAGUUCACAUUCUGGCUUAGCAAUGGAAGUCACAAAAUCUAAAGAACCAGUGCAUUUACCAUCAUCAACAGAUUCAAAGGACCAAAUAGUUAAUGACGAAAGACAAAACGUGAAUCAAUCAAAAGAAAUUCAGCCUACAAAAGAAGAACGUUCAUCAGAAUCUCCUCUAAAUAUUUCUUGUUUCUCUUCAUUCUUUCCUAAUUCCAAAAUUAAUGAAAAUAAAAGUCCUACGCCACCACGAUCUACGUCAUUCACUGAUGUGACGACUUCUGAUACAAAAAUUAAGGAGGAAAUUAUUAAAAAAUCAACAUCUUUACCAUUUCUGCAUCUUUCAAUUGAAAAGCUGCCAGGAAAUGUAGAACAAACGAAUGAUUUGAUUGAAUCUUCCCAUUUACCUACGGACGCCACUAGUAGUAAAGUACCGGAAAAUGAUAAAGUGAUUGAAUCAUGUACAGAAUUAAUACACAGAGAAGCUCAAAGUGAGGAUAAUGUAGAUAAUUCGGAAAUUUCUACCGACACUAAUACCUCUGAAAAUGAGAAGAAAGUUCACAUGACAUAUAAUAUGCAAAUAACAGAAGGCGAACGCAAUGGACUUUUAACAUCAAUGGAAACUUCAAGAAACAAAACACCAAAUAAAAGAGACAACGACGACAGGACUUCACAUCUAACGCACUCCUAA